AUGGGUCUACUCGAAACAUUGUUUCGUACUGAAAAUAGCUGUUAUACAGGUUGUUAUUCAAAUUAUGCAGCUAAGAAAGAUCAUUUGGGUGCUUGUAGAAAAGGCUGUAAUUUCAAGUUACACAAUGAAAAUUGUGCAGAUCAAUGUAAAUCAGUUUCAGCUGAUGAAGAAACACGAGCUAGUUGUCAGGUUGGUUGUACUUUAAGUCGCCCAAUGGAUGAAGGCAAACCUGUCCUUGCUGUUGAUCCAGUUCCAAUAAAUAAUGGCUUAGGAGCUGUUCCUCUUGAUGUAGAACCAGAACGUCCACGUUCAAUUAUUCUUAUACGUCUUCGUCAACAUCCAUUAAAUGAGCUACCAUCAUCAAUUCAAAUGCCAUCUAUGUCGCAUUUCUUUAACAGUGAUCCAAUUCAAAUGUUCAAUGAUAUGAUUAAACAAUUUCAAGAUAGAGCAAAUGGUUUUGAACAAGCAAUUCGUAGAUCAUUUGAAGAAAAUAAACAGGAACUUCCUGGUUUCGACACAAUAUCAGAAUUACCAAAAAAUAUUCCAAUUAUUCGUAUACCAAUUAAUAAUAAUCUUGAUUCAUCAAACUAUCCAAAUGAACAACGUCCAUUUUAUCGUCAACCUAUGGAAUCAAUACAGAAUCGUUUUCAACAAUUGGUGACUGAUGUUCGUACUGAAUGGAAUGAUCUUAUUCGUAAACAACCAAAGGUUCCAAUAUGGAUCUUUCUUGCCGUAUUUCUUUCAUCAUCAGCUAUUCUUUGGUAUAUGGUUAUGUCACUUUGUCAUCAUACACCAUCUCGUAAUGCUUUAUCAGUUCGUGCUCAAGAACUUGUUUUUCAUCCAUAUGAUUAUGAAGCAUAUGAAAAAGAAAAAAUUCAACCUGAUGAUCAACCUUAUGAAGUUACAGAAUCAUUACCAAUUAAAGUUAAAUUAUCCAAUAUUUAA